UUAUUAAUUCCCUCCCUUCUCUGUCUCUGUCUCUUCUCUCUCUCUCUCUCUCUCUCUCUCUGCUGUAACUCCUAAUCAGAUCAUAAUAUUAGCAAUUUCCCAACUCUUUCCCAUUUUUUUCCUUCACUUUCCUCGCAGAUUUUCUCUCUUCCAAAUACCUCUCUCCCUUCAAUUCCCACCUCAUUCUCAAAUUGAUUCUUUCUUCUCAACUUUUUGCUACUUUCACUAGGUAAAAGCUUUAUUUUCUCCAUAUUUUCUUUAGAUUAAGAUUAUUGAAAUUUCCAAAGAGGUGUAAAAAGUGAAGUGAAAUUGGGAACUAGUAAACUUUUCGUGAUGGUAGAAUCCGAAUUUUUCGGAUAUUGGGUGGAAUUUGAGACGUUGAAGUUAGGGUUUAGUUCUGGUGAGAAGGAAAAGGUAAAGAGUUAUUUGGAUGGAAGGGUUUGGUUUUGAAAAUGGAUGACUUUAUGUUAAACAUUUCUUAAGUUUUUUUUUUUUUUGGAUCCCUUUAAUUGUUGGGGAUUUAGGGGGUCCUUUUUUUGGUUUAGUAAAGUGUAGUUUCGGUUAUGUCAAGAACAGAUAGGAUGGCUUCCGAUCUUAGCAGAACUGGCCCUGUCGAAAGAGACAUCGAGCAGGCCAUUACUGCUCUGAAGAAAGGGGCAUACUUGCUGAAGUAUGGAAGAAGAGGGAAGCCAAAAUUUUGUCCCUUCCGCCUUUCAAAUGAUGAGUCUGUUUUAAUAUGGUUCUCAGGGAAAGAGGAGAAACAUCUUAAACUAAGUCACGUGUCUAGAAUCAUAUCUGGGCAGCGCACUCCUAUUUUUCAAAGGUAUCCUCGGCCUGAGAAAGAGUAUCAGUCAUUUUCACUUAUAUAUAAUGACAGAUCACUGGAUUUGAUCUGCAAGGAUAAAGAUGAAGCCGAAGUCUGGUUUAGUGGUUUAAAAGCAUUAAUCUCUCGUAGCCACCAAAGAAAGUGGAGAACAGAAUCGAGAAGUGAUGGCAUUCCUUCUGAAGCAAACAGUCCGAGAACAUACACACGAAGAAGUUCACCUUUGAAUUCUCCAUUUGGUAGUAAUGAUAGCUUGCAGAAGGAUGGUGAUCACCUUCGCCUUCAUAGUCCGUAUGAAAGUCCUCCAAAGAAUGGUCUUGAUAAGGCAUUUUCAGAUGUAAUAUUAUAUGCUGUUCCUCCCAAGGGUUUCUUUCCUCCAGAUUCUGCUAGUGGUUCAGUUCAUUCUUUGUCUUCAGGAGGAUCAGAUAGUGUACAUGGUCACACGAAGACAAUGGCAAUGGAUGCUUUUAGGGUUAGUCUUUCAAGUGCGGUUAGUUCAUCAAGCCAAGGGUCUGGUCAUGAUGAUGGUGAUGCCUUGGGCGAUGUUUUCAUUUGGGGUGAAGGCACUGGUGAUGGUGUUUUGGGUAGUGGACUUCAUAAAGUUGGCAGUUGUGGUAACAAAAUGGAUUCUUUACUGCCUAAAGCUUUAGAAUCUGCAGUUGUACUUGAUGUACAGGAUAUUGCCUGUGGUGGUCGACAUGCUGCCUUGGUAACCAAGCAGGGGGAGGUUUUCUCCUGGGGAGAGGAAUCUGGAGGCCGGCUUGGCCAUGGUGUAGACUCUGACGUUUUGCAUCCAAAGCUUAUUGAUGCCCUUAGUAAUACUAACAUUGAACGUGUAGCAUGUGGUGAGUACCAUACUUGUGCCGUCACACUUUCUGGUGAUUUGUACACAUGGGGUGAUGGCACUUAUAAUUUUGGUCUUCUUGGUCAUGGAAAUGAGGUGAGUCAUUGGGUACCAAAACGAGUGAAUGGGCCCUUGGAGGGGAUACAUGUCUCAUCAAUCUCUUGUGGCCCCUGGCAUACAGCUGUCGUAACUUCUGCAGGUCAAUUAUUUACCUUUGGAGAUGGUACGUUUGGUGUUUUGGGUCAUGGAGAUCGGAAUAGCGUCUCAAUACCCAGGGAAGUGGAAUCCCUAAAGGGGCUCCGCACUGUGCGAGCAGCUUGUGGAGUGUGGCACACUGCUGCAGUUGUGGAAGUCAUGGUUGGAAAUUCAAGUUCUAGCAACUGUUCCUCAGGGAAGCUAUUUACGUGGGGAGAUGGGGAUAAAGGUCGACUUGGCCAUGGGGAUAAGGAAGCAAAACUUGUUCCUACUUGCGUUGCUGCUCUUGUGGAACCAAACUUUUGUCAAGUUGCCUGUGGACACAGUCUGACAGUUGCCCUUACAACGUCAGGGAAUGUCUACACUAUGGGAAGUCCUGUUUAUGGCCAGCUGGGAAAUCCACAAGCUGAUGGAAAGGUUCCUAUCCGUGUUGAAGGAAAGCUUUCCAAGAGUUUUGUUGAGGAGAUUUCUUGUGGUGCUUAUCAUGUUGCAGUUUUGACUUCCAAAACUGAAGUUUAUACUUGGGGGAAGGGUGCAAACGGUAGAUUGGGUCAUGGGGAUUCUGAUGACAGAAACUCCCCAACUUUGGUAGAAGCUCUGAAAGACAAGCAAGUCAAGAGUAUUGCCUGUGGCACUAACUUCACUGCAGCAAUCUGUCUCCAUAAAUGGGUUUCGGGUGUUGAUCAGUCCAUGUGUUCUGGUUGUCGCCUCCCAUUUAAUUUCAAAAGAAAACGUCACAAUUGUUAUAACUGUGGACUGGUCUUUUGUCAUGCAUGCAGCAGUAAGAAGUGUCUUAAGGCUUCCAUGGCUCCAAAUCCCAACAAACCUUAUCGUGUCUGUGACAAUUGUUUUAAUAAACUGAGGAAAGCCAUUGAAACUGACGCAUCAUCUCAAUCUUCUGUGAGUAGAAGAGGAAGCAUAAAUCACGGGACUGGUGAAUUUGUUGAUAAAGAUGAUAAGUUGGAUUCCAGAUCUCGUGUACAACUUGCUAGAUUUUCAUCAAUGGAAUCUUUGAAGCAAGGGGAAAGCCGAUCAAAGAGAAACAAGAAACUAGAAUUUAAUAGUAGUCGUGUCUCACCGGUUCCGAAUGGAGGCUCCCAAUGGGGAGCACUUAAUAUUUCUAAAUCUUUUAAUCCGGUAUUUGGAUCAUCAAAGAAAUUUUUUUCAGCUUCUGUUCCUGGAUCAAGAAUCGUUUCUCGUGCAACAUCACCAAUAUCAAGACGGCCUAGCCCUCCUCGUUCAACAACACCAACCCCAACUCUUGGAGGCCUCACCUCCCCUAAAAUAGUUGUCGACGAUGCUAAGAGGACCAAUGAUAGCCUUAGUCAAGAGGUUGUUAGAUUAAGAGCACAGGUGGAGAAUCUUACACGUAAAGCACAGCUUCAAGAAGUUGAGUUGGAAAGAACUACCAAACAGCUGAAGGAGGCAAUAACAAUUGCAGAGGAGGAGACUGCAAAAUGCAAAGCAGCAAAGGAAGUCAUCAAGUCACUUACCGCCCAAUUGAAGGAUAUGGCUGAAAGACUGCCUGUAGGCGCUGCACGGAACACCAAGUCGCCUUCAUUUACUUCAUUUGGCUCCAGCCCUGCUUCAAAUGAUGUCUCUAAUGUGUCAAUUGACAGAAUGAAUGGUCAAAUAGUGUGCCAAGAACCAGAUUCAAAUGUAUCAAGCAGCCAGUUGCUUUCUAAUGGUUCCAACACUGCUAGUAAUCGUAGUUUUGGCCAUAACAAACAAGGCCAUAUUGAACCAGCAACUAAAAGUGGAGGCAGAAUAAAAGAAGGUGAAUCUCGAAAUGAGAAUGAAUGGGUUGAGCAAGAUGAACCUGGUGUGUAUAUAACACUUACGUCGCUACCAGGAGGUGCCAAGGAUCUCAAGCGAGUUCGCUUCAGUCGGAAGCGGUUUAGUGAGAAACAAGCAGAACAAUGGUGGGCGGAGAACAGAGCAAGAGUAUAUGAGCAAUACAAUGUCCGCAUGAUUGACAAGUCUAGUGUUGGUGUUGGGAGUGAGGACUUGGCUCAUUAACACAGUGAAAUAACCAUUAUGUAAAUGUAAUAGUCCUUUUAAGAUUUCAAUCCCAAUUAUUGGGAUCCAAUUGAUCAAUUAUAUUCGGCUUUCCGUUGUUCGUCAAGAGUUGAGGGAAGCAGAAAUGGUAUAAGUGAGAUAACUAGAGAGGUUUGAUUGGGUUUUCUUUUAUUUUGGCCCCUUUGAUAUUUUUCCCACUUGAUUUUACUUCAAUUUUUUCCCUAUAUGUACCUUGUGUGGGGGGAUUGAGGGUGACAAAUGUAAAUUCUUAGUAGGUUGCUGGCUCUUGUUGAAAGCAGCAAUCAUGUAAAUUCAUAAGCAAAUGAAAUCCGCAGGAAAGAAGUUUUCCA